UUAGAAGAUUUCACCCCCACCUACUGUACCUCGUGCACCUGGAUAGACCUUACUAAAUAAAAGUGACGCUGCUGUUUUAAGAACAUAAAACCACAUUAGGUGAACUGAAAAAACACACACAAAAGUACCACAAUCCUGUUGUGUUACCUGGUGCUGAGUCGCGAAAAGUCGUUAGCACUUGUUCUUGUUGUGUUCCUCGGUCUUGGACUCCCCCACUCCACCCCCUCCAUGUGAAGUGGUACAGUCCCGUUAGUCGGAGCCUGCGCCGCCUGUUGUCUGCUGCUUCAGUCUGAGGAUUAUUUCACGGACAUGAGCACCAUGCGGAUAAACUACACUUCACUGUAACACCGGACAAUAUAAUGACCUUUUAUCGACUGGCUGUUCUACUGGGAGCAUCAUUGUGUGUGUGCGAUGGCGUCCACGUCACAGUGCGGGAGAAACACCGGUUCGCGAUGCUCUUCCAGUCUGUGGUCCUCCCGUGUCAGUACCAAACGGCCUCCACCCAGGUCCCGGUGGUGCAGUGGUGGUACAAGUCCUACUGUCGAGACCGCACGCGCGAGUCCUUCAGUCUGCCGGAGAAUCUGGGCGUGCAGGCCUCCGACCUCGGACCCUCUUCCCACCUGGAGUGCUCCGACAGCAGCCGCACAGUCCGGGUCGUGGCCUCGAUGCAGGGAGCCUCCAUGACGUUGGCGGAGCACUACAAAGGCCGAGACAUAGCCAUCGUAAACAAAGCAGACCUGAGGAUCGGGGAGCUGCAGUGGGGCGACAGUGGAGUGUACAUCUGUAAAAUCAUCAUCGCGGACGAUCUGGAGGGGAAGAAUGAAGGCCAGCUGGAGUUACUUGUGCUAGGCAGGAAAGGUGAGCGGGACGAUCUCCUACCUGAGUUUAAUGUGGAGGUUAUGCCAGAGUGGGCGUUUGUGGGCUCUGUCGUCCUGGGCAGCGUCCUGCUCUUGUUGUUUUUGGGAAUCUGCUGGUGUCAGUGUUGUCCUCACUCCUGCUGCUGCUACGUGCGCUGCUGCUGCUGUCCCGACUCCUGCUGCUGCCCGCGUCACUUGUACGAGGCGGGGAAGAUGGCCAAAGCUGGACAACAGGCCCAGAUACCCGUGUAUCCCUACUACGUCCCUGGCGUCCCCACUGUGGUCCCUCUUGUCCCGUCUUCCCACAUGGAUCCAAAAAUCACCUCUAUCCCCUCAAUGGAGAACAACCUGGCUGGAGUGCGCAGUGGUUAUCGACUGAAAGCCAGUCCAGACCAGGACACAAUGAAAGUCCUGUACUACAUAGAGAAGGAGCUGGCUCAGGUGCCCCCUGCCAAGAUGGCUGCCGCACUCAAACCCAGUAGCCUGUCGGAGCUGAGCUCUCUGCACGACGGCGGUACGGCCGACUUCAGACACACCUAUCAGAAGGUCCAGAUGAAGGCGCUCCCGCCCAUCUCGGAUCUUGAUGAGCAGUCGGUCGUGAGAGCGGCGCCGCGCACGCAGAGCCACAGGCUGAGGCGGGACAGAGCAAACCUCUCAGAUGAUGAACUGGACAGAAGGUGGAACACUCGCUCAGAGCACAUGAAGAGAAAGACGUUGAGCAGACGAGGGCGCACCGGCUCCCUGGACGAGCUGGAGGAAUUUGCCCGGUGCUACGGCCCUCCCGGCCGAAGGGGCGAGCCUCCGGACCGGCCCUAUGAGCGGGAUUACAGCCCGCCCCGGCGAUCCUACAGGGAUGAGGAUGACGGCUGGGGGCGCCGCAGCCCCUCGCCAUUACCGCAGAAGAGAAGGGACACCUGGGACAGCGAUCGUCCCGCACGGCCGCCUCAAAACCGAGCAUACGACGACACCCUCCUCAUCAGCGCGAUGGAGCGCAAGGCGAGGGGGCGGGGAGGAGAGCGAGGCGGUGGGAGAGCGGACGAGGACAGUGACACUCCGUCCAAAGGCAGCUCCAGAGGAAAGGGCAGCGACAGCUUCUACAGCCGGUCGCCCAGCAACCGUCCAGAAGAGGACGACACUUUGCCUCCGUACUGCGAGCUGGAGGCAGAGCGGUACCGCAGGGGCGACGCGACCGCCGAGCGGUACCGCACUGCAGAACCUCCCAGAUCAGAGAGAUACAAGACCAGUGAACCAGCUGCGAGGCCUUUCUCUUACACCCGCCCCCCUCAGCAGGGAGCGUCCCUCACAAUGCAGGGCGUCAGAGACGAGAGGGACAGGAACCGAAACCUGAGCACUGCACUGAGCAGGGACUCUCUCAUAGUGUGACACCGUUUCCCUCCUGCAGCCCCGUCCACCUGCACAGCCUCCUCCUCCUCCUCCUCCUCCUGCACUGCACUGCCCGUCUGCUCACUUGCGCCACCCUGCUGCUGCUGCAGGAAGUGCAGGCUGAAAUGUGUUCUGGAAGCCACUGAAAUAACUGUACAGAUGGAGAAAAUUGCACAAAAGCAGCAUGUGCAGCUUCUGUUUCUGGAUGUUUUUCUACUAAAGUGCAUGAAUUACGACGUGUGUGUAUGUGGUGUGUGUGUGUGUGUGUGUGUGUGCGUCGUUAUUUGUUGAAUUGUGCGACUGGAUUCACUUCACACCAGUGCCAAGAUGUUUUUUUUUAAUUUUCAAAUAAUAAUUAUUAUUAUUAGGUAUUCUGUAAACUACAGUAUGAGCAGAAAACCACCGUCUUAUUACUGUCCGACAGUCUUCAUUUACUGCAACUCAGGUUCACUCAUGAAUGUGUGUUGUUGUUGUUGUUGUAAGUUCAGAGUUUUGACAUUGUCUGCAGAUUUUAAUUGCACUGCUUAAAUACUUUCUGAAUAAAGAAAACUCUGCUGA